UAUAUUUUUAAUUUAGGGUUGGGUGAUUUUUGGGUGGUAAUCCUCAUUUUUUUUAAAUAGGAUAUGAUCAGUGUUGAUCUCUGAACUGGCAAGGGAGGAUAAGGGGAAAAUGGGGGCCUUUGGCAAUUAUAAAGGAUUAAUUAUCAACAUAUUUAGAGGACGAGCUCUCCUCCGACUCUUAUCCGAUGAAACUUGUGGACGAUCUCAUUUUUGAGUUCAAAGGACGCCAAGUUGUUCGAAAGGAAGGAGAUAUUGCUUUGGCUGGGGCAAACCCGUCAGCUGAGGAGAUGGAUGAAGGAACUGAAGAACAUGUUGAGAGAGGUAUUGACUUUGUACUCAAUCAUCGUCUUCAGGAGAUGAAUUGUUAUGAGGUAAAAAUAUCUUUGGUAAUUGUGGAGGGGGCGGGCAGGCCCGUAGCCAGGAUUUUUUUCGGGGGGGGGGGGCAAGGGGGGAAAUUUUUUCUGCGCCAAAUUUUUGGCGCCGAAGGCGCCAAAAAUUUUUAUUUUCAGUGCCGCAGGCGAAAAUAUUGA